GCUUCGAUCUAUCUGCGCAAGUUGACAUAUUUCCAGAUUAGGAUAGAAGGACUAAUAAUAUAUAUUUGAAUACAUUUUAUGACUAUUUGUAGUAAGGCCCAAGCUAUACAGUUGACAGGUGGUGUUUCACUAUGCGUGCAUCAGAACUCAAAUGUAUGUUUAUCCCAAGGGAUCAGAAUAAGAAUUUUUAUUACAAUAAGAGACAACGACGGAACUAGGUGUCUUUUGUCCCCUCUUGAAACAACAUAACCUAGUGAAAACUAUGGCGAUGCAACUUUGUAGCAGCAUAUGCGGCCUUAGGAAUUCUCAGCGGAAGGAGGAGGGCCAUCUAUCGACAAGAGGUAACUUUUGUGUGAAAGCAAUACUACCUCCAAAACUUUCUGAAGCGCGAGGAAGAGCAUAUUUUCUCAGGCAGCCAACUCCUAAAGAGCUCCAAAAUUGUACAAAAAGAGAAAGUAAAGUAUGCAGAUCUUAAU